ACAAAAAAUAUUCAAAAAGUUUUUUCUUUUCAGUCGCUUUGUUGGUCGGAUGCAUUUGAAUCUAGGAAUUCCCAAAAAGCCGAAUUUAAACAUUCCUUCUUUUUCCUUUCACUAAGCUCAAACCUGUAAAGCACUCAACAAUGGCGAUCAUCACUGAACACGAAGACAACCAGAUGAACCAACCAUCUUCCCCUUCCAAAUCCAAACCCAAACCUAAACCCAAAUCCAAACCAAAAUCGAAACCCAAACCUCAAUCCACACCUCAACCCAAACCCAGAACCCAAACCCAGAAUCCAUUCAUCUUCUGGUUCUACUUCACUGUAACAAUCUCUCUGAUCACUUUCCUCUUCGUUUCUCUCUCCUCUUUCACCUCCCCUGACCCGAAAGCCUGGUUUUUGAAAUUACCCACAAUUCUCAGAGAUCAUUAUUCUAAAGGCCGACCAAUCAAGGUUCAGAUUAACCCUAAUGAACCCCCAAUUGAGGUAUUUGCUUAUUCCCAAGGUCCCCGAACUUCUGAGAAUGUGUUGAUCAUUCAUGGGUUAGGGUGUAGUUCUUUCACAUUUCGGAGGGUAGUUGAUGAUUUAGGUUCUAAGGGGUUUUUUGGUGUGGCAAUCGAUCUACCGGGUUCUGGGUUUUCGGAUAAGACGGUGGAGAGGGAGAAGGAGAUUGUUGGUGGUGAUAGUGUUUUGGAGAGGUUUAUUGAGGUGUAUGAAGAGAUUAAGGAGAAGGGUCUUUUUUGGGGGUUUGAUAAUUUGAUUGAAAAGGGGCAACUCCCCUACCAAGAGGUUAAAGUUCGGGUUUCAAAGAAGAAGGUGGUUGAGCCCUUGGAUUUGGGUGCACAAGAAUUGGGUAGGGUUUUGGGACAAGUGAUUGAUUCAAUGGGGUUAGCUCCCUUACAUUUGGUUCUACAUGAUUCAGCCUUGGUAAUGGGGGCAAAUUGGGUAGCUGAAAAUGCAGGACUAUUGAGAAGUCUUACAUUGAUUGAUACUAUGCCUAGGGGAAUGGCAUUGCCCUUGUGGGCAUUGCAAGUGCCCGUAAUUCGGGAGGUGGUUUUGAGGGUUGAUUACGUGUUCGGGAGAUUGAUGGGUUCGUGUUGUUCGAAGAAUUUCCAGGGUUCGAGUGUAGAGGCUCAUAGGGUUCUUUUGAUGGGUAGGGAUGGAAGGGAGACGAUUGUGGGAGUGGGGAGGAAUUUGAAUCAGAGUUUUGAUUUGGCUGAAUGGGUUAGUAGGGAUGGUGUUAAGGGUUUGCCAAUGCAAGUGCUUUGGUCUGGCAGUUGGUCACAAGAGUGGAAUGAAGAGGGUAAACGCGUUGCUGAGGUUGUUUCUCAAGCGAAAUUUAUCAAGCAUUCUGGUGGGAGGUGGCCUCAGGAUGACACUUCAAGUGAGUUAGCUAAAAACAUCAUUAGUUUACUGAAUUCUUUGCCACCGACCAGAAGAAAAGUUGACGAUGAACCUUUGCCAGAACAUAUCCAGAAGAUGCUCGAUGAAGCCAAAAGUGGAGGUAAUGACCAUCAUCAUGAGGGGCAUACUCAUGGUCAUGGAGCUGAUGCAGAUUACAUGGAUGCCUAUGGCCUUGGUCAUGGACAUGGGCAUGGUCAUGGAUGGGGAAUGUGAUUUAAAACUCGACCCUCUUGAUUACUGGUAAGUUUGUGAUCUUGGUCAUGAGAAAAUUGUCGAAAACAACAUAAGCCUCUAACAUUUCAACCGCUGCUGAUACAACAAAGUUAUGGAUAUGGCCUGAGUUAACUGUACCAAAUUUAAGAUCUUAAAUAGUGGAGGUGGAGCAUCGACAUGCUCGAUAGAGGGUUUCUUUUUUCCGAAUCCUCAUAUCAGGUUAUUUUGAUUAUUUUGUUUUAAUCUUAAGGUUCAUUUUUUAAUUUUUGUUUCUGAUUUGUUAAUUUACUCGGUUUUCCGGGUUGUUAGGGUUUAUAAGAUUUACCCUGCUCCCGACUGAUGCAAGGAUGGUAGAUUUUGGUCGUUUUAAGUUGUGGAACAGUUGGGUUGUAUAAUGAGCUUGUAUCUUCAUAUGCAGUGAAUGUAAUAGUGUGUCCUGGUUUUGUUUA